AGAGAGAGAGAGACAAAGAAGAAAAAAAAAAAGAGUGAGCUUUUUCUUCUUCUUCUUCUUCUUCUUCUUCUGGAGAGAGAAAGCCCGUGAAUAUUUUUUUAACACAGAGAGACAGAGAGAGAGUGAGAGAGUGCUUUGGCAUUUCCGUCACAAAAACAAGCUCAAUGUGGCGGAGAAUUUAGAAUAAAGUUCAUUUUUUUUUGUUUGUCUCUGCUGACUUUGAGCAGGGUCGGCAAAUUUUUUUACCUUAUUGAAAUGCCAUCUACUUAGAAGAUCGUUGAAAAUUUUGAUCUUUGGUGAUAUACACUGUGUUUUGGUUAGAAGUGAAUUGGGUUAGACUUGAAUUGUAUUGAAAAGCUUUUAAGACUUUUGUGAAAGUGGGUUGUGUUUGUUGUGCUUCUUCUUCUUCUUCUUCUUCUCUUUUUUUUUUUUUUUUUUCAUAGAAUACAUUACAAGCUAUAAACUUUGAAGCAAAAUGGGUGACACUGAAGAAGCUAAUAGUGAUAUGAUGCAAAGGCUUCAAUCUUCAUUUGGUACUUCUUCAUCUUCCAUUUUGAAACAACCUUUAUCCAUGGACCAACUUAACAUACCCCAAUUGAGCCCUUCACUAAACCGUGCACGCCAUUUUCAACAAAAUUUUGGUGGUGACAGUGGUAAAAGAAUAGGUAUACCACCUUCACACCCUCAUCAGAUCCCACCCAUUUCACCUUAUUCUCAGAUCCCUGUGUCUAGGCCAGUGAACCAGCAAAUGGGUUCACAGAAUUUUAGUCCUGGGCCUACUCAUUCACGAUCUUUGUCACAGCCAUCAUCGUUUUUCUCGCUUGAUUCGUUGCCCCCGUUGAGCCCUUCCCCUUUUCGGGACUCCUCGUCCAUGUCUAUGUCAGAAGCUGGGGUGUCAACUGAUGUGUCAAUGGAGGAUCGGAAUGCAGGUUCGCAUUCAUUGUUGCCUCCAUCACCUUAUUCUACGAGGGGUGAUUCUCCGAGGAUUGGGGAGAGUUUGCCCCCUAGGAAAGCUCAUAGAAGGUCUAAUAGUGAUAUCCCUUUUGGGUUUUCGAGUGUGAUGCAAUCAUCACCGCCCCUUGUUCCGUUAAGGGGUCCUGCUGGUUUAGAGAGGUCGGUUUCUGGUAGAGAAAAUAUGGGGAUGGCAAAGCCGGCUCAGUUGGUUAAAAGGGAAUCGAGUUGGGAGAGAGGGGGUGAUAACAAUGCAGAAGGUAUGGGUGAGAGGAAGCCAGAAGGGGAAGUUGUGGAUGAUCUGUUUUCUGCAUACAUGAAUUUGGAUACCAUUGAUGCAUUGAACUCUUCAGGGACUGAUGAGAAGACUGGUAAUGAGAAUCGUGAGGACUUGGAUAGUAGAGCCAGUGGGACAAAGACUAAUGGAGGAGAUAGCAGUGAUAACGAAGCAGAAAGCAGUGUGAAUGAAAGUGGGGGCAGUGUGCCAAGGGGAGGACUGAAUUCUACGGCUGAGAAGAGGGAAGGGGUCAAAAGGAGUGCAGGAGGAGAUGUUGCUCCAACCACUAGACAUUACAGAAGUGUUUCUAUGGAUAGCUUCAUGGGGAAGCUGCAAUUCGGUGAUGAGUCACCUAAGAUGCCACCUUCAACCGGAACUCGUCCUGGACAACUUUCACCCAAUAAUUCAAUUGAUGGUAAUUCAAAUGCCUUUAGCUUGGAGUUUGGAAAUGGCGAGUUUAGUGGGGCAGAACUGAAGAAAAUUAUGGCAAAUGAAAAACUUGCUGAGAUAGCAUUGACUGACCCAAAACGUGCAAAGAGGAUUUUGGCAAAUCGUCAGUCAGCUGCUCGUUCCAAAGAACGAAAGAUGCGGUACAUUUCAGAGUUGGAACAUAAGGUCCAGACUUUACAGACGGAAGCUACCACAUUGUCUGCACAGCUUACAUUAUUACAGAGAGAUUCUGUUGGGCUCACAACCCAGAAUAAUGAGUUGAAGUUUCGUCUUCAAGCAAUGGAACAACAGGCACAACUCCGAGAUGCUUUAAAUGAUGCCUUAACUGCGGAGGUCCAACGGUUGAAGCUUGCUACAGCAGAGUUGGGUGGAGAGCACCCUUCUAAGUGCAUGGUUUCGCAGCUCAACCAUCAAAUGUUCCAAAUGCAGCAGCAGCAGUCAUCUACCCAGAUGAACAUUCAUCAGUUACAACACCAGCAGCAGCAACAGUCACAGCAGCAGAAUGGUAGCACAGCCUCAAAAUCUGAGUCCAUUCAAUAGAUUGUGAUUAUGAAACACGGGCUUCAAUCAGUUGGAUGGCUCUUUAUCUUAUCAAUUACUGGCUUUUAAUAUUCAGCAAUCGUUGCACAAUGCAUUCAUUCGUUAUUAUACUGUCUCCAAGGGACGUCUUUAAUGUGUGUUAAUCGUGAAUUCUACCUACAAUGUGUCCAACUCGGACUAUGUCUGUGGUAUGAAAUCAUAUACAAGUCUCAACACUAAUUUUAUAUUUUUUAUCUCUUAUUUAAUUCUGGUAGAUAUCAUGGAAUGUAGACAUUAUUGGACUUAAUUUUGCUUUUUAAGACAUUAAAAGAGUCAAAACUCUUCUGUCCUUGUUUCUUUCAGUAAAGAAUUAUGCCCCUCUAA